AAAGCGCGGUAGGCUUGUCUAAGGGGAGGCAGCAUUGAGAGAAGAGGAAUGGCGAGUCAGUCAGUGGAGAUUGUGGCCAAGGCGCUGGAGCAGCAGGUGCUGCAGUCAGCGCGGAUUGUGGAGGAGCAGUUGGAUGCGGAGCUGGAGAAACUGGAGCAAAUGGAUGAGGAUGAGCUGGAAAAGCUCAAGGAGAGGAGAUUGGAAGCCCUCAAAAAAGCUCAAAAACAGAAACAGGAGUGGAUGUCUAAAGGGCAUGGUGAAUACAGAGAGAUCCCCAGCGAGAAAGAUUUCUUUUCCGAGGUCAAAGACAGCAAGAGUGUGGUCUGCCAUUUCUACAGAGACUCCACCCUCAGGUGCAAAAUUCUGGACAAGCACUUGGCUGUUGUGGCCAAAAAGCAUUUAGAAACCAAAUUCAUCAAGCUCAACGUUGAAAAAGCACCGUUUUUAACAGAGAGGUUGCGGAUUAAGGUCCUCCCCACACUCGCGUUAGUGAAAGAUGGGAAGACCAAGGACUAUAUUGUGGGCUUCACCGACCUGGGCAACACAGACGACUUCACCACCGAGAUGUUGGAGUGGAGACUGGGCUGCUCGGAUAUCAUUAACUACAGUGGUAACCUUUUGGAGCCACCCACCGGCGGGCAGAAAUCAGGAUCAAGGUUCACCAAGGUGGAGAAGAAAACCAUAAGAGGGAAAGGUUAUGACUCAGACUCAGAAUCUGAGGAUGAUUAAAGAAAACAACAAGACAAACAAAAAAAAAAACACUGACAACCCUCUACCUUUCUCUCAGGGCUUCCUACACAGUCCUCAAUCUGACUCAAAUUGGUUUGUCUUUUUUUUCCCAGGCUAUCAGAGUAGGUCUCUUAAGUUGUGUGCAUUUCACUAUUUCUGUCAGCAAUUGUUUUCCUGCGUCACUUUGAUCAGUAUGUGACAGGGUCUUUGUGUGCACUCAUCAUAUUUAUUUCAUGUGUUUCUAAUCUUCUUUGACUUUAUAUUACUAAACCAGAAAUCUUUUAUAAAUGACAAGAUUAUAGAAAUGGUCUUGUUUUGAGACAUAUUCAAACUCCCUGCCAGAUCUAAUGUACAUAUUACAGCAUAGGGGACAAAAAUCUUUUGAAGUAGUCUCCUGAAUUUCUAAGUUUAACAUCGUGGUGCAAGCUGAUACUAAUCUGUAAUAUGUUUGUCUGUAACGGACACAUGAGUAUCAAACAAGUGCCAAGGAAGCUAGCUUGCAGCACUCCAAUAAUAAACACCUGGUCCUUCCUCCAUCGUACAUUUCUUUGGAAGAUCAGGUGUUGGAGUUUCGUUUUCUUUUGUAAGAUUACGUGACUGAUAAAUAAU